ACAACAACCAGCUCUUCUAAAGUGUUUUUAUAGUUGGCACCAUUUUUGUAAUAGCUGCCACCACAACCCUAGUUGACCUGAAAGAACGUACUGUCCUGAACGAAUGUCUGAAGUUAAAGCUGCCAGAGACGCCUUGGUGGCCUCGUUAUUCGAAUUAUCUAAAGCAGCCCAAGAUGCCGCUGCCGCUACCGCCAACUUAUAUAAAGCUUCCCACGAAGGUAACACCGGUAAUGUCGACUCCUUAAACAGCCUUUCCAAGGCCGUUAAUGUCUUGGUGUCGUACAUUGAUGUGAACGGCGGCGCUGACUCCAAGAAACCUGAAAAGAAGAAGAAGCCAGAAAAGGACCCUAACGCACCCAAGAAGCCUCUCACGAUGUAUUUUGCAUACUCAUUCCACAUUAGAGAGCAAAUCCGUGACGAGCGUAAAGCCAAUGGUCUCCCUCCAUUGUCGGCUAUUGAGAUGAACGCCUAUGUCAAAGAACGUUGGAGCAAGUUGUCUGAGGCUGAGAAGUCCACCUGGCAAAAGAAGUAUCAGCUGGAAUUGAAGGUGUACCAAAAGCAAAAGGAAAUCUACAUUGCUGAGAAGAACGGUAUCAAGCCUCCAUUGCCCGAGAUUCCAAUUGAGUUGCCUAAAGAUGUGGUUGUAGAACUGUCAGACUCUUCAGACUCUUCGUCCUCAGAAAGCGAGGUCGAGGUAGAAAUCCCAGAGAAGAAGGAAAAGAAGGACAAGAAGAAGAAGAGAAAGCACGAGGACAAGGAGAAGGACAAGAGUGAGAAGAAGAAGAAGUCGUCCAAGAAGUAAGACGUUUUGUUUCUUGUAUCGUUUUAAUUCCCGGCCGCGGUUGUAUUAAUGUUUGUAACCUAUUAACUUACUGCUUCAGUACUGUAGUAUUAUUGAAUAUAUGUGAUUUAGU